GCGCUUGAUUCGGUUUACUUCACCGGCUUUGCAGAGACCAACAAGACCUUUGUGAUUGCUCGUCUUGCCAAACGUCCUAAUGGGAUCUGUGAGAUGUGGCUCUUCCUGAGGGUGGAUGGAAUAGGAGAGUUUGAACACCCACAACAUCCAAACAUGAUGGUGAGUGAUGAAUCUGAAGAGAUUUGGAGUGGAGGAGGACUCACUAUUGAAUAUGUAGAGCCCCAAAGACGCUGGAAAAUAAGUUUCAAUGGAUUACUCAGAAAAGGACCCUACCGACAGCAGUGGAGUGAAGAGGAAGGCGAACUUGUAGCAGUUAAAUUCUCUUUCCAUUGGGAGAACUUCACAGAAGUCUUUAACUUUAGUGUCGACAGUCACCCCAGCACAUUUGCACGUGCUUUUGCCCAGGAGCCAUGGACCAUCGAGUUCUUCCAGAGGGUCAAAAAACAAAGGGAACAACAUUUCCGACAUGAGCAGUGGGGCCAGUCUGUUGGAGAAAUUGAAAUAGAAAAUCAUGAGAAAACUGAACUUUCCCUCAAAGGCGUUCGGAGCCACUCUUACGGUAUCAGGAACUGGUCUGAGAUUUACCGGUAUGUCAUGAUUUUGGCACGCUUUGAGGAUGGGACUGCGGCACAUUUAACAGUAAUUAAUAUGCCAGCUACCACAACUAACCUCACUGUAGGUUAUGUCUUUUUCCCCGAUGGGAGGAAGGCUGGCAUUGAGUGGUCCAAUGCCUCGCUGACUGAGAUGGCUGAUGAUGGUGUUAUCAAGGAUGAAUAUGGAGUCAGUUUUACUGCCGGUGGCAAGUGCUUUGAUGUUUCUGCAACACUGGAUAAGCAGGCGUGCCCCGUGGUGUAUAACGGCCUGACUGGAAGCGGUGUUUUCCACGAGUGCAUUGCAGAUUUCCGACUGAACGGGUUAACACAAGGCUGGGGCUUGGUUGAAUUUUAUUACAG